AUGUUUACUCUACGUGCAGUUGUUUUGUGGACGAUAAACGAUUAUCCUGCUCUUGGUACACUAUGUGGUUGUCGCUACGCUGGAUAUCAUGGUUGUGUGGUGUGUCGUAAAAAAACGCACAGUAUUAGGCUUCAUGACUCAAACAAGAAUGUUUAUGUUGGUUAUAGAAGAUUUUUACCCUAUGAGCAUCCGUUCAGAAGGCAGAAGGGGGCAUUUGGCGGAAAACAAGAGUGGGAGACUGCUCCAGAACCAAUGACCGGGGAAGAAAUAUAUGAGGAGAAUGUGGGACAAAGUCUUGUUGGAACGUUGCUGCACAACGGGAAUACAAAAGAUGGAUUAAACGCCAGAAAGGAUUUGGUGCGUUUGGGGUUAAAAUCGGAGUUACACCCUAAGACAGAUGACAAAGGAACGAUACUUCCCGCAGCAUGUUAUACAUUAACUACGGAAGAAAAAGACAUAUUCUUGGAGACACUAUCCGAGUUAAGAGUUCCAGAAGGAUCAAUAUCUGCCAAAGAAAUCAUGGUGGAAGAGCUAGAUAAAUUGCAAGAGGAUCUCUGUGUGACGUUAUGCUUACUAGAGAAGGAAGUGAAGUUAUGCGGUCCGGUUUGCUUUCGAUGGAUGUAUCCUUUCGAAAGGUGUAUGAAGGUUAUAAAGGGGCAUGUGCGAAACAAGAAUCAACCUUGUGGAUGCAUUGCCGAAGAGAAUGUUGCAGAAGAGACGAUUGAGAUAUAUUGUGAGUACCAUAAAAGCAUCAGGACAAUUGGUAUUCCACUAGAUAGGCAUAAUACAUCUCAGGAGGGAGAACCGUUAUCAGCUGAAGAGCCGUGUAUAGUUACCCCUGAACAGUUGAGACAAGCACAUUUCUAUGUAAUGCAGAACACGCCUGAAAUUGAGCCUUACAUAGACCGACACAAGCUAUAUUUGGAAACUAACUAUUCUACUAAAAAGCGAGCAUGGCUAGAGAAAGAGCACUCUAACACUUUUGGCGCUUGGUUAAAAAAUGAGGUUGAAAAAGAGUUGGCAGACGACAGAGAAAGUAUCUCAGAGAACUUAAGAUGGAUAUCACACGGCCCGCACUACGAGGUAACGAAAUACACUGUAUAUCGCAUCAAUGGAUAUCUAUUCCGCACAAGAUCCCGUGAUGGUAGAAUUCACCAGAAUAGUGGGGUUAGCGUUGCAGCAAAUGACAUGCACAUAUCUAGAGAUGAUGAUGUUACAUAUGGUAAAGCCUCUUAUUAUGGUGUCUUGCAAGAGAUAUGGGAGUUAGAUUACUGUGAAAGAAAAGUUCAUCUGUUCAAGUGCAAUUGGGUUGAUAAUAAACGUGGGGUCAAAAGAGAUGCUCUUGGCUACAAGAUUGUUGACCUUACUAUGUUGGGAUACAAAAAUGAUCCUUUUAUUUUAGCCUCACAAGCUAAGCAGGUAUUUUAUGUCAAAGACCAGUUAGAUAAGAAAAAGUCUAUUGUUUUUGUGACACCUCCCAAAAAUUAUAGAGAUGACGAUGGCAACGAUGAGGAAUUCAGUACAGUAAUCUUUUCUGCGAAUGAUAAUAUCUUGCCGUCUGUAGAUCCACAAGACUUGGGUAAAGAAUCCCGAAAUGAUUACUUCCGAACUGACUGCCGAGGUUUACUUAUACGCAAGCCAAAAUGA